AUGUGGAAACUUUUCGUCGAUGGUGCUUCAAACAGACAUGGUGCCAGACUGGCCAUAGUUUUGAUCUCACUAGAAGUUUCUAGAGAAUAUGAAGCCAAGGAUAGCAGAAUAACCAAAUACCAGACCCUCGUAAGGGAAGAGCUCAAAAAAUUUCAAGCAGACAGAGUCGAACAAACUGGCCGUGAAAGGAACAGUCGGGUAGACGAGCUAGCUGGUUUGGCUUCUAUGGCUGACAAAUCGACACCUAGUCCCAUACUGAUUGAAUUACUCCUAAGGCCCAGCAUCAAAGAACUAGAAGUGGCAGAGGCGGAAGUGUCGAACAAGACAGUUCUGGAUGGGUUGAAGAAAAUGCUGGAGAAGGUGAAGGGAAAGUGGACUGAGGAACUUCCUAAUAUCCUGUGGGCAUACCGAACGAUGCCAAGACGAUCAACGAAUGAGACUCCUUUUGCCUUGGCAUAUGGCAUGGAUACCGUCAUCCCAUUAGAAGUCGACAUGCCCACCAUUCGGAGUGAGAACUUUGAGCCGGAUUUGAAUGCGAAAGCUAUCACCUGGAAUUAG